UAAACAUACAUUCUAUCCUGUCCUGAGCCUAUUAACCUUUCCAUUGUUCUUACCCUAUGAAUAUUUUCAUUUCUUGAAUUUCUCAAAUUCUCUUAAUCCAAUGGAAUCAGUGGUCCAUUAAGCAGCUCUCUAUCACUAAUCACUGACAGUCUGACGGAAUUCAUCAGUCCUACACACUUAAACCUCUUUAAUCUUGAUCAUCCAGUUUCAACCCCAAAAACCCUCUUCUCAAGUCUCUAUCUUCAUCUCUCUGCUGCUGAAGCAAAAUCCCAUUGUGGGUUUUCUUCUAUUUGGCCUAAAGUUCUCACAGUCAACAUGGAAGGUGCUGAGAAGAUUAGCACUUCAGAGGCAAAUAAUAUCUGCAUGACUCCAAGAGAAAUGGAUGGUUUUCAAAUCAGGCCUGUUGCAUUGCUGGAGUCAGGAGAAGGCUUACCUUACGCUCCUGAAAAUUGGCCAAAUCCAGGUGAUAUUUGGACUUGGAAAGUUGGGAGAAGAGUCAAAGCUUCAGGAUACUUUCAAGAUAGGUACUUGAUUGCUCCACCAAGGCUUCAAGAAACCCCAAGAAAGAAAAUGUGGUUUUUGAGUAAGCUAUCUCUUAAAACUUAUCUCAAAACAAACUACCCUGAAGCUGAUACCAAUGCAUUUUUCUCGUCAUUUGUUUGGGACGUUCCAGCUGAUUUCAAUGCUUUUUUCACGUCGCCUGAGGGCAAAGCGGAACCUAUGCCUCUUUCUCAAUCACCUAUUCCUGGAAAGGCCCAUCAAACUGGCCUAUCAGCUAAGUCUGGAAAGGCCCGUAAAACUGGCCAAUCCGCUAAUUCUGGAAAGGUCCGUAAAACUGGUGGUGGAGGAGGAACUUCUUCACUGAAAAGGAAGUCUGAUCUGAAGCAGCAAGGAAGGUAUUUAUGGAAGAAAGUUCAUUCUAACAUCACUAAUACCGAAGUUUCCAAUGCACUCCUAAUUAAGGAAGAGAGCAUGGAAAACAAUGAAGCACCAAAUAAAGUGCAUAGUUCUUUGUUUGAGAGUCCAGUGUCUGAUGACAAUGCAACCAUUACUCCUUUAGCCUGCCACCAGGAACUAGCAACUCCUCUCAAGGAAUCUCCUCUUGCAGUAACUCCAGAGGAUUUCGAUAACUACAUUAGUUCACUUGAUGACAUUCUACUUUUGCCUAUUCACGGAAGUCCAAGCAUUAUCUCUGGCUCUUGCGGAGAAAAAGAAAUGACUGGAGCUCGAAAGAAACUUGUUAACCUCCUACAUAUUGGUUUUCCUGCUUUAUUUACCUCUGACAAACUUACCGAAGUUGCAACCUUGGCUUUGGAGCUGCAGAAUGAACCUAACCUCAGUGAUAGAGAGCUUUCAAUGCUGAAGCUAAUCCAAGAAAUCCCACUAGCCAGCAAUGAUUUCCUAGAAGCUAAGCGAGUAACUAAACAAGCUGACAAAUUCUUUGCUGACCUCGAGGCUAAAGUGACUCGUGUUUCUACGCUAAGGGAUGAUUACAAUGCCUCAAAGAAAGAAAUAGCUCUACUUGAGGUUGAAGAUAUGUCUACUUCCUCAGCUAUACAGGAAAUUGAUGAAAAGAUCGCCAUCUUGCAAUCACGCCGAGCUGCAUUAGCCAAGGUUGCCAACAGAACCAACAAGAAGAUAGCUGAAGCGAAAUCAAAACAAAGAAUGGUGAUGGGCCAUCUUCCAAAGAUAGUAGAUGAAAUUCAGGUGGCUAACUCCGAAAGCUCAGAAUGGAAACUCAAGAAACAGGAAUCGGAAGAGAAGGAAGUCGAGAUAUUGACCAAAUUUGCUCCGCUCAAGGGGUUCUCCAUCUAAUUGAACUUUCUAUUGUACAUGUCUUCAUGUUGGUUCAAUAUCUGUUGCUGUAUUUGUAUUUUCAAGCCUCAGGAGUUUGAUCUACCCUUCUUUGCCAUUAGGGGUUUUCUUGUAGGUUAUCUAAUUUUCAUGAAUCUCUUUGUAGGGGGGGGGGGGGGGGGGGGGGGAGGGGAUCUCUGGUCCUUUAUUUAUUUAGAACUCCUUUUCUUUUCAUCCUAUGUAGAACUCUUUCAGUGUGAUGUUUCUGCUGUUUUUAAUAAGAAAUGUUUAAGAGAAGUCAAA